CAGGCGCGGGGGACUCUCCGGUGCACCCUCUGCUGAGCUCGCUUCACUGGCCCGCUCUCCGCUCCUCUAAAACGUUCUGGGACUCUGCGCUUUCAACUCUGUUCUGACCCGGAGCCUCCUAGCCUUCCGGGAGUGGAGACCCAAAUGCGCCUGCGCUGCUUCGGUGCUGCAGAGGGUCCUGUAAAAGAGCAGGAGUUAAUUACUUUGUCGGCGUGUGGCAUCCAGUGCAAUUGAGACUUGGGCUCUCGGGCAUUGUCUUGUCCCUCGCUCCAGCCUAACAGGAGUUGAGUGUCGGAUCUAAGGGUUUCUAAAAGUUUGUCCCGGCCUGGUGUGAUCUCCAAAGUGACUGAACAAUGCAGAAGGACAGUGGCCCACUGGUGCCUUUACAUUAUCUUGGCUUCGGCUAUGCGGCCCUGGUUGCUACUGGUGGGAUUAUUGGCUAUGCAAAAGCAGGCAGUGUGCCGUCCCUGGCUGCCGGACUCUUCUUUGGGGGCCUCGCAGGCCUUGGUGCUUACCAGCUGUCCCAGGAUCCCAGGAAUGUGUGGGUUUUCCUAGCUACAUCCGGGACCUUGGCUGGCAUUAUGGGGAUGAGGUUCUACAACUCCGGGAAAUUCAUGCCUGCAGGUCUAAUCGCAGGUGCCAGUUUGCUAAUGGUUGCCAAGCUUGGAAUCAGUGUGUUGAGUUCUCAUCCGUAGUAGCCACACCUGUGCUUGGGCUCCAGAAGAACUGAAACUCCCCAAAUGUCCACAUUUACAAUGUCUGAAGAAAAAAGUGCAGCAUAUUUACAUAUUCUGACAUUUUACAAAUGUCCACCGAGCACACAGAGGUGACAAUGAGCUUUUGCUGAUGUAACUGGUCAGGGGUGGCGAGUGUCCAGCCUGAGAGCAGAUGCUGCCUUCAUGCAGCUUUGUUCUUGUAUGAUGAGAUGUCUCAUUUCUGGACCAGUAGACAAGGAUGUCAACAUGGGGGGCCCCAGAGCCACAAGUCCUGCCCAGAAGUGUGUGAAAUCUCUUGGUGACAUUUGUGAUGUGGGAUCUUUUGUAUAAGUCUGCUAUAAAAUCAUGUUACUGUGAAAUACCAGUGAAAAUAAAGUUUGCUAUUAAGAACA